UAAUUUCAGGAGGAGCGAGCAUGACUGAAAAAUUACAUUGAGAGAGAGAAAGAGAGAGAGAGGAGGAUCAGAGCACUAUGCAGACAGGGCAGAGUGGUAAUCAAACGGAUGUCCUACAGCAGACAAGGACUAGUAGGAAUUCUCGCCAGCAUCUACAAACAAACAGGAAUCUGAUUCUGUGUAAAAGUAAACAGGUGUGUGUCUCCAUGGCGACAGGUGUGUGCGUGGUACUGAGUCUAUGUGCUGGUUUUUGUUUUGCAUUUAAUCUGGACACAUCGUUCCCAGUUCUGAAGAGGGGUGAAGGUGGAAGUCUUUUUGGAUUUUCUGUCACUCUGCACAAGGACAUGAAGACAGGAAGUCACCUACUGUUGAUUGGAGCUCCCAGGGACUGGGCGGAGCCUAAUGUUCCAGCCAACCGAACAGGAGGAGUGUACAGCUGCCCAAUCACUGCUGACCAUUUAGAUUGCACAAGGAUGAAAGUUGUGAACCCAAAUCUGAACCCUUCUAAAAACUUGGUUGAGGACAUGUGGCUGGGCGUCUCAGUAGCCAGUCAGGGUGGACCCAGUGGGAGGGUUCUGGCAUGUGCUCAUCGGUUUGUGAAACUCUCCAGUGCCUUUAAGCACAGUCAGGUCGGCCAGUGUUAUCUCAGUGGGGAUGACCUGCUGAAAGACUACAGCAUCUCCAGCUGGCACAGACUAGACCAGCUUUGCAACCAUGAGCAGAAUGAAGCCGGUCAGGGAAUGUGUAACUUGGGAAUCUCUACCUUCAUGAGCGACACUGAACUCAUCUUUGGCUCACCUGGAAGCUACCACUGGCAAGGAAGUGUCCAUGUUGUCUGGACCGAGACAGACAUUCAGAAGAACUUCUUUCCCAAUCAGCACCAAAGAAACAUUUAUUUAGGAUAUUCAGUCACUCAGGCUCAUUGUCUUCUGUCUGUGGACGAUGUAACCAUAGUAACAGGAGCUCCCAGAGACAACAAAGAGGAUGCUCGAGGUUCUGUGCUGUUGCUCACCAAGCGGUCCGAUGAGCUGUUGAUUCGGCAGACCCUGCGCGGUCAGCAGGUUGGUUCUUACUUUGGUAACGCCGUGGCAACCUCUGACCUCAACAAUGAUGGCUGGACUGACCUGCUGGUGGGCGCUCCUUUUUACUAUGGUCGUCAGCCUGAGGUGGGUGGGGCAGUUUAUGUCUACAUGAAUGCUGGGGGAAGGUUUGCCGCUGAACCUAGCGUUACGCUAAUGGGUCCUGUUGGAUCUGCUUUUGGAAUGGCUGUCAUUGCUGCAGGAGACCUGAACCAAGAUGGGUUUCAGGACUUUGCAGUAGGUGCCCCUUUCCAUGAUACAGGAAGUGUAAUGAUCUGGACUGGGAGCAGUGAGGGGAUCUCUACAGAACCAAGCCAGGUGAUCCAGGGCAGCAGCCUGUUUUCUGGUUUCAGGACUUUUGGGUACUCUCUGGCUGCAGGACUGGAUGUUGAUGGGAACAAAUAUCCAGAUCUGCUGGUCGGCUCACUGGAUGACACAGUCGCUCUCCUCAGAUCUCGCCCAGUAGUUCACCUAAACAGAUCGCUCAGAGUUUCUCCAGACAUCGUCCACCCAAACAGCUGUGACUUCUGCAUUAAGGUGGAGGUCUGCUUCUCCUUCAAGCUCAGCAUCACAGAGAAAGCUAAGACCAACAUCACUGUCUAUUUCACUGUGGCUGCUGAUGUCACCAGCCUCAAGCCCCGCCUCCAUUUCUAUGAAAAUGGAGAGACCGUGUACUCAAGCUCACUGUCACUGAAAAAAAGAAUGUGUAAAACUCUUAAAGUUGGGCUGCUGAUUCCAGUCCAAAACAAAGUGAAACCUCUGGUAUUCUCACUUAAUGUCAAUUUAAAUGAGAAGCUUCCUGAAAAAGGGAACAUUGUUCAAGAUCUGAGGCAAUUCCCCGUUCUCAGCCGGACUCCUCAACCCAUCAGAACCCAGAUUCACAUCCAGAAGGCCUGCGGCUCUGACAACCGUUGCCAUUGUAACCUCCAGAUGACAACCCAGUUCAUGGAUCUGAACCAGAACCCCUUCACCAAGGUGAAUGGCAGCUCAGUGCUGGUUUACAACAGCAGCAUCAGGUGGUUCCUCUUGGAGGUUAACAUCAGCAACACACCCUCAGCAGGCCGGCCGGCAGAGGAUGCUCACAAUGCUGUCCUAAACAUCAGCAUACCACCAGCCCUCUCCUACUCUGGAGUCAUACCAAAGGAGGAUAAUUCAACACUGACUGACUGUUCUGUUGAAGACACGUCUGUUGUGUGUCAGCUGGGCAAUCCUUUCAAAAGCAAACAGAAGGAUCAGCUUUUGAUCAAGUUUCAACCAACUAAGAUGAUUUUGGACACCAAGGAGAUACGGUCUCUGCUGCAGCUGUCCACGCUCAGUGAGCAGUCAGAUCUGGCUCCGGUCUAUGUCUCCAUGCUGGUGGAGAACUCACUCCAGGCAUCUCUCAUUUUAAUCAACCCACCUGGCCCAGUCUUCUUUAGUGGUCAAGUGAUUGCCGAGCAAGCCGUGAAGAACAUGGAGGACAUCGGCAGUCUGGUGGUUUUCACCCUCCAGGUGCAUAUCGACAGGGAGUCACCAGGUUACCAUGGCAACCUGGAAGUGGAGUUUGAUUGGCCAAAAGAGGUGGCCAAUGGAAAGUGGUUGCUGUACCUCACAGAAAUCCGAUUGGAUGGUGCCUCAAGUUCUCGCUGCACUCAGUCUGAGAUCAAUCCCCUCAACCUUUUGGUGUCACAUGAAAGGAAGAGCAUGAGGAGGAGUCUGAAAGGACAGCAAGUAGAAGAUGCAAAGGAGGAAGAAAAAGGGAGAGAGCUUCCAGCUUUCAGUGUAUGGGGACACAAGAACUCAUACAAACUGAACUGCACUGAUGGAGCGAAAUGUGUGAAACUGUCUUGUCCUCUGCUCGACACGGACAACGCUGCAUUUGUGACGGUCCACAGCCGACUGUGGAACUCCACCAUGAUUGAGGACUUCAGUGAUGCCAGGAGUAUUUUGGUCCAAGUCCAGGCUACUCUGAAGCUGAGCACCAAACUAAUGACCACCCUGACAUCCUACCCAUCACUGAUUGAGGUUUACAUUUACCCAGACUCUGCACUGCAGCUGUACUCUGGUGCCCACCUAUGGAUCAUCAUAAUGUCGGUCCUGGCUGGAGUACUGCUUCUGGCCCUGAUCUGCCUGCUUCUCUGGAAGUGUGGCUUCUUCAAGAGAACCAGCACCAGGGAGCUGUACCAGGCCAAGACCCAAAGAGCCUGCAGGAAGAACCAGCCGUCUGACAGAGACAAGCUGACGAAGGAGCUCUGAAACUGGGCAAGCUGCUGCAGGCUGCUUGUCGGUUCUUUGCGCACCAGGAGGUGUGGCAGACAGCGGUGGUCCACCAGCAGAAGAUUAUGGGAAGGAAAGAGCAGCUGCAGCAGCAUGCAAAAGAUAAUGGCUUUCUGAUCCAGGAUCAAAUGUUCUCAUCACAGAAACACUGGGCCACCUUUUGAACAAAAACAUACUGAGAUGUGUGGUACCCUAGGAAAUGUAUCCCAAGCUGUUUUGAACAGGACCAAAUCAAACCAAAACACUGCCAGUUUGCUGUUUAAAACAAAGAUUUUGAAGCCUAGUUUAAAGAGUUUAAAGGUCAAAGAUGUGAAAUGUCUUCAUGUUUUCCUUUUAUUUAUCUUUGUGAACAUCUCCACUCAUCUGAAAGGAUAAUGAAGAUGCUGAAAUGGAUCAAAGGGAAGUCUUUUCAGGGCUCUAAGAUAAAACAGCAGAAAGCUCUUUGGAAGACCAAACACGGCAGCAGCAUCUGAGCUACAAUCAACAGAAAAGCCCUUUCAGAUGCUGAGAGAUCCAUGGUUUUUGAUUUGUGUGGGAUUUUACUUCAUGUUGUCCGCACUUGUGAUUUUUCUGGUUGUUCCUGACCAUAACAUUAGUCUAUGAUGAAUAAAAGUAAUUUGUUAUCAUUUA